AUGAAGAAGGCAUUGGGUCUCAAAUCACCGGGUUCGGGCUCCAAGAAGAGUCUUGGGUCCGGUGGGUCUGGGUUGGGACCUAGAAAGCCCAAGCGGGUUAUGACGGUGGGUGAGCUGAUGAGGAUCCAAAUGGGGAUUUCUGAUGCUAUGGACUCUAGAGUCAUGAGAGCUCUGCUUGGGAUUUCUGCUGCUCAGUUUUAUGAUGGUGAAACAGUUUACAUUUUAGGAUUACUUGAAAAAUCCAGAAUGCGUUAUGUCAAAGCAAGCUUUAAACUAUACUUCGUAGAGAAAUGUUCUCUUGCCAGACAAUCUGGCAGCAGAAAAAAACAUGGCCUUUCAUUGGCCAACUGGUCCCAUAAUGAGAGUGUGUGUCAUAGAAGAGCUGGAAAAUCACUUGUUGGAAUGGCAGAGGUUGAAGCAGCCAUACAAGAAAUGUUCCAGGCACCUCAUAUUCAAGUGAUGAAAACUUCUUCCAGGCUGAGUAAAAUAUUUUUGACUGCCAUGGUGUAUGAACUCUACAAAACAGGAAUGGGGGAAACUACUUUUGAAAAGUUGGCAAUGACAGUCUCAUGCCUCUGUACAAGCAACGGAGAAGCAUUUCCUGGACAUGACAUGCUAUUAAAAAUUGGGCAAGCAACCCUAACAAGGUCCGAAGUGAAUAUAAAUCAUUCUCAGGGUAAAGUGCUGCCUAGUGUAAGAGUUUCAUAUCCAGGUCUUCUACUUAAACCUGAUGAACCUAAUUUGAUUAUAAUGGCAAAACCAGCAGGUGACCCUAGUAAGAUAGAUCAGCCUGCAGGGAUGGAUGAGGACUAA